UCUUUGACGAGGUCCCGGGAACGGUGCGGGACGCAAACUUUGCGUUCCGGCGCCAGCGCGGCCUAGAGGCCGAGAGCGGCCGGCCGCGGGCCCUGCGCGCACCGUCUCUCGGGGCGGGGCGCUGGGCCCCUUCCGGGGAUGGGCCCCGGCGCCGGAGUCUGCCUGACUCUGUCCCGGCUCCUCCCCGCUCGGGCGGGCGCUCCGCCGUGUCCCCGCCCGCCAGUCCGCCCGGCCCGGCUGGCCGCAGACAGGGCCUGGGCGGCCGCACGGGGAGCUGUAAGCCCGCGGGCGUCCGGAGGCGUCAGCACUGCCGCUGGCGCGUGGCGGGUCCCGGGUUGCGACCGGGCCGGGGCGAAAAGGCGACGGCACCAUGUUCUCCCUCAAGCCGCCCAGACCCACGUUCAAGUCCUACCUCCUACCGCCGCCCCAGACUGACGAUAAGAUUAAUUCGGAACCGAAGAUUAAAAAACUGGAACCGGUCCUUUUGCCAGGAGAAAUUGUUGUAAACGAAGUCAAUUUUGUGAGAAAAUGCAUUGCAACAGACACAAGUCAGUACGACUUGUGGGGAAAGCUGAUAUGCACCAACUUCAAAAUCUCCUUUGUUACGGAUGACCCGAUGCCGUUACAGAAAUUCCACUACAGAAACCUCCUCCUUGGUGAACAUGAUGUCCCAUUAACAUGCAUUGAGCAGAUUGUCACAGUAAACGACCAUAAGAGGAAGCAGAAAGUCCUAGGCCCGAACCAGAAAUUGAAGUUUAAUCCAACUGAGUUGAUUAUUUACUGUAAAGAUUUCAGAAUUGUCAGAUUUCGCUUUGAUGAAUCAGGUCCUGAAAGUGCCAAGAAGGUAUGCCUUGCAAUAGCUCAUUAUUCCCAGCCAACAGACCUCCAGCUACUCUUUGCAUUUGAAUAUGUUGGGAAAAAAUACCACAAUUCAGCCAACAAAAUUAACGGGAUGCCCGUAGGAGGCGGCAGUGGAGCUGGUGGUGGCGGCAGCCAGAAAACUCCGCUCUUUGAGACGUACUCAGACUGGGACCGCGAGAUCAAGAGGACGGGCGCCUCGGGGUGGCGGGUCUGCUCCGUCAACGAGGGCUACAUGGUCUCCACGUGCCUUCCAGAGUACUUUGUCGUGCCAAGUUCCCUAGCAGACCAAGACCUGAAGACCUUUUCCCAUUCCUUUGUUGGGAGGAGGAUGCCACUCUGGUGCUGGAGCCACUCCAACGGCAGCGCCCUUGUGCGAAUGGCCCUCAUAAAGGACGUGCUGCAGCAGAGGAAGGUGGACCAGAGGAUUUGUAACGCAAUAACUAAAAGUCAUCCACAGAGAAGUGAUGUCUACAAAUCAGAUUUGGAUAAGACCCUGCCCAAUAUCCAAGAAAUACAAGGGGCUUUUGUGAAACUGAAACAACUCUGCGUUAAUGAGCCUUUUGAAGAAACUGAAGAGAAAUGGUUAUCCUCACUGGAAAAUACUCGGUGGCUAGAAUAUGUAAGGGCGUUCCUGAAACAUUCAGCAGAACUGGUGUACACACUAGAAAGCAAGCGUGUCUCCGUCGUCCUCCAAGAGGAGGAGGGGAGAGACUUGAGCUGCAUUGUCGCUUCCCUCGUGCAAGUGAUGCUGGACCCCUACUUCAGGACCAUCCCUGGCUUCCAGAGCCUGAUACAGAAGGAGUGGGUCAUGGCAGGGUACCAGUUCCUGGACCGGUGCAACCACCUGAAGAGAUCGGAGAAGGAGUCUCCGCUGUUCUUGCUGUUCCUGGACACCACGUGGCAGCUACUGGAACAGCACCCGGCUGCCUUCGAGUUCUCGGAGACCUACCUGGCCGUGCUGGGCGACAGCACCCGCAUCCCACUGUUCGGCACCUUCCUGUUCAACUCUCCGCACCAGCGGGUGAAGCAGAGCACAGAAUUUGCUAUAAGCAAAAAUAUCCAGUUGGGUGAUGAAAAGGGCUUAAAAUUCCCCUCGGUUUGGGACUGGUCUCUUCAGUUCACAGCGAAGGAUCGCACCCUCUUCCACAACCCUCUGUACGUCGGAAGGAGCAUGCCCCGCAUGCAGAACGGCUCGGUGAAGGCCUUCAAGCGGACCAAGAGAAACUACAGCUCCACACUGAGAGGAGUGCCAGCUUCCUUCAAGAACGGGAUCAUCAGCGACCAAGAACCACUUCCACGGAGGAACUCAUUGAUACUAAAAGUAAAACCAGACCCCCUGCCACAAGCGGACGCCCAGGACGGCGGCAUGGAGCAGUUCUUCCGAGAGUGGUUUUCCAAACCGGCCGACCUGCACGGCGUUCUUCUGCCACGUGUAUCUGGGAUGCACAUAAAGCUGUGGAAACUGUGCUACUUCCGCUGGGUCCCCGAGGCCCAGAUCAGCCACGGGGGCUUCAUCACUGCCUUCCACAGGCUCUCGCUGCUGGCCGACGAGGUGGACGUGCUCAGCAGGACGCUUCGGCAGCAUCGGGCUGGCCCUCUGGAGGCCUGCUAUGCGGAGCUGGACCAGAGCAGGAUGUACUUCCGGGCCAGCGGCCCCCACGACCCCUCGGGGACCCCGGAGUUCCUCUCCUCCUCGUUUCCCUUCUCCCCUGUUGGCAAUCUGUGCAGACGAAGCAUUUCAGGAACACCGUUAAGCAAAUUUUUGAGUGGGGCCAAAAUAUGGUUAUCUACUGAGACACUAGCAAAUGAAGACUGAAAUAGAGUAUUUUCUGAACAUUUUGAGGGAAGCUGGAGACUUUUUUUCCUCUGGAUUAGAAUUGCUAAGCUAGGCAUUUGAAGCUCUAAUAAUUUUAUACGUAAGAAUAAUGGUUGGAAUUUGCACUAAUGUUUUAAAAACAUACUGAAUUAUGCUUCACUUUUUUUUAGAAGAUAGGCAUGAAUUUAGGUUUUGAUGUCCUUUUCCUGUCAUUUUAGGUCUUGCUCAUUUUGAGGUGAUGUGCAGGCAGACAUGCACACAUCUUAUUACUGUGAUCAAAUUAACCAGGAUCUGUCUGCAUCCGUUGCUCCUACUGCCUUCUAAAGGUUACCCGAUCCUCAGACUAGCAACCCAAAGAAGCUGAUGUCAGGAAAGCUCAGAAAUCAGGGCUGAGCAUUUUUCCAAGAAGCACCGAUAAUCCCCCGACAGGCCUUAGCAGGUAUUCGUGUUUUUCUGGUCACUUUCUGUUGUCUGAUUGAACUCGCCUGAGGGUUCAAUAUUCCAGCGCCGUAAUUUAUUUUAGAUCCCUUUGGGACCGUAAAUCACUGUGUCUUAAAAUCCUGAGUUUUCUCUUAACUUCUUAGGACUAACUUUAAAAUGACAUGCACUGUUAACUUUAAAAGCAUUCUCUGUAGAUAAUAUAAUUAAACUUAGAAGUGCCUUUAACAUUAAGGUAAGAAUAACACAGUUAGAUACAAUUUGUUUUUAAAAUUAGGGAGUUAAAAUCCCCCUGCACAUUGGAAACAGACUUUCACACUGAGUUCAUACCAAUAGCCAGGGGUCCCCAAAGCCACCUUUUGCAUCCCCCCAGAAGUCCCUGAGGACACAGCAGGCCUGUGGGUUAGAAAGAGGACUUCCCCCUCAGUAUCUCCAGUGUUGUGACCAACUGUCGUUGGCACUUUCCCUGGGAAGCAGCCAGCGAGGCCACGAGUUGGGUCACCUGCCCUGAAGUCCUUCCUCCCAGAGAGCGUCCUCAGUGCUCAGGAGGAGAGACAAAAACGCCCUCUCAAAGCCCUGCCAUUUCGGCAGAGCACACAAGCGAACUCUGCCACCCCCGCUCCGC